GCAAUGACUUGAAAGGGAGAAGGUCUUGGUAUGGCCGGCGACGACCACGUGCACCAGCGCGUCACUAACGGCUGCGGCAGCCCCGACGACUCGGUCAGGCUGAAGAACGGAAACGGCAUCCUGUCCACCAACGGCAACCACCACAAGGGCCUCAAUGGCGGCGGGGACGCUCUCGCCUGCAAGGCUGCCCUGCAGCCCUACGAGGAGGACCCGGACUCCAUAUGCGGCCUCUGGUUUUUCAAGCCGAGGUGGUUGCAACGGUUCGCCAACAAGAAGGCUUUCCUGGCUGUAUUCUGCCUCACGAGUGUGCUCCAGGGCAUGUACUACACAUACUUUGUCAGUGUGCUCACAACCAUCGAGAAGCUGUACCAGAUCCCGAGCAAGACGACGGGGAUCAUCAUGUCCGCCACCGAGAUUGGGCAGAUCGGCGGCGCGCUGCUGCUCACCUACUAUGGGGGCCAGGGCCACCGGCCCAAGUGGAUUGCCUGCGGCAUGCUCAUCUUUGCCGUCGCCUCCAUCCUCUGCGCCAUGCCGCACUUCCUGUUCAUCGACACCUCGCUAUCGGUGACCUCUCUGGCCAGAGCCAAGAAUGCUCAGAAUGCCACUGUGGCCUCCCAGUGGGCCAAGUUGUGCCACUCAUCGGACAUGGUCGCGCCGCUCAGUGGGAACUUCACCGAUGCGACUGCGCCUCUCUCGACAAGCACGGCGACAUCGCUACUGACGACGACGUCGCCAUUUUCGUCGACGUCGUUCCUUGUGGACGGAGGUGGUGGUGCGGUGGCCGACGCACUGCGGCAGGUGGUUCCCUGCGAUAUCUCCUCCAAGCCACUCAGUCAAAGCAGGAUCACGCACGUGGUGCUCUCGGUAUUCUUUAUCAGCCUGCUGCUCAUCGGCAUUGGGGCGACGGCUGUGUACACGCUGGGGAUACCAUACAUUGAUGACAAUGUGGCCAACCGGGAGUCACCACUUUAUUUCGGUAUUACCAUAGGAGUAAGGAUUUUUGGUCCAGUAUUUGGCUUUCUACUUGGGUCCUACUGCACAAGCGUGUACGUCAACUUCCCGUUUGAAACCUCCAACCUGUCCCCUGGUGACCCCCAUUGGAUUGGGGCCUGGUGGCUCGGAGUGUUUAUUGUUGGAGCAGCACUGAUUGUUACGGCUCUGCCCAUGAUGGCAUUCCCACGCAACUUGCCCCAGCGUCGAUCCCUUGCUCAGCUGCGAGCCCUGAGGCCCGGUUCAGACCAGCACCGCAACGGGAUGGUCUGCCUCAAGCACCAGCAGGCAUUGCAGCAGAAGGUGCCACUCAUCAACAGCCCACCGUCGUCUCCUUCCGGGCACAAAAAGCCCGUCAAAGAAAAGCCAGCCCUCAGGGCCCCGUCUUCUCUUUCAGACUUCCCGUCAGCGAUUCGUCGACUGCUUAAAAACGAGAUUCUGCUCUACCGAACUGCCAGCAGUGUGCUGCACAUUUUGCCAAUUGCCGGCCUGUACACGUUCCUCCCAAAGUAUUUGGAGAGCCAGUUUCGACUGACCGAGACAAAGGCCAACAUGAUCACUGGUUUUGCUGGCAUUCUUGUCAUGGGCGUGGGUAUUUUUGCCAGUGGAACAUUCAUGCGCAAGUACAAGCCCAAUGCCCGCUUUGUUGCCAAGUGGAUUGCUUUUUGUGCACUUGCGUACUCCAUCGGCAUGGUCAUCCUCAUGUGGGUUGGCUGUCCGCUCGGAGAAUAUGUCGGCUUGAAUUCUGAACACAAGGGAUUAGAUUUCUUGCCUCCAGCCUGCAACAGCAGUUGUGAUUGCAAAUCAGGCCUCUUCUCUCCAGUGUGCCAUAACAGUGUCACCUACCUCUCACCCUGCUUGGCAGGAUGUUCACAGGUCUUGGGCACUGAUCAGCAGCCCACAUUCAACAGCUGCCAUUGCACAGGAACGAAUGAUACCAUUUCCAAUGGUUUCUGCUCCUUAGAGUGCAACAACCUUGUAUGGUACAUUAUUGUAUUUUCAUUCUUCGUACUCAUCCACUCAACGUCAGAAGUUGGGUCUAUGCUCUUAACUCUCAGAUGUGUGGAGUCUCAUGACAAAGCCCUUGCAUUGGGUCUCAUACAGUUUGCGAUUGGACUGUUUGGGAACGUGCCUUGCCCAAUCAUCUACGGUGCGGUGGUGGAUUCCGCCUGCCUCUUCUGGGAAGACAACUGUGGGGAACCUGGUGCCUGCCGCGUCUACGACCCUUCGAAAUUCCGCAUGGUAUUCCACGGAGUCACUGCAAUCAUCAUGUUCGUGGCAUUUCUUGUUGAUGCCGUGGUCUGGUACAAAGCCAGCUCAAUCCACAUCCAUGAGGAGGAAGACACGCGGGACGCCAGCAACGAUGCACCACCAGUUGUUCCUGGAGCGCUGCCCCAGGCUCCAGCUGAGUCCGAGUCCUGCGUCUGAACCAUGUGUGUGCACGUGCUCUCUAUAAGAAAGACUCCGGUGUAUUUUGUAGAGGACACUCGUUUUUGCAAUCGCUGGACGACUGACAUUGGACUCAAAUUGUACAAAAAUGCUGUUUCUUUUUUGUGGAGAGAGCGAGGUUAAGUUGCUUUUUGCAAGAGGCCAAGGCAGCUUUAUGGGCGACCAUGUUGUUGUUUGAAAGAUUUUGAAAAGUUGUUAACCACGUGAGGGAAAACCAGCAGAAAGCAAAGACUGUGACCGACUGCAGCGAGGACUGUGUGUGUCGAUGUGGAAUGUUAAGUAAGCUCCGGUAUGCUAGGUUGCUUAGCGUUUGGCCAUGAAGAAACACACACCUGGAAGAAAAACGGUGAUCCGCGCAUGUUUUUUCCAUUUCAUCCACAUUACGUGCCUCAUCUUGAGUUUAGUAAUAUAUGACCCGCUUUUUUAGCUUUCGUCUUUGUGAUUCGUCCAGGAUCCAUAUGCCACGAAGAGAAACUAUUGAAUGGUGCUGAAAUUACCAAAAUUUAUUGUUUAGUUCGACCCUGUAGAUCUGGUGAGUUGAUUUCAACUGCGUUGAAAAGUAUGGUCGUUUUUCUAACAUGAGCUUUACUCACUGUCAUGGUGCAUAUCUGAAUGUUGAGUGCUUAGGCUUUUAUACCCGUUUCUAGCUCUUUUUACAGUUUUCACGAGGAACACCCAUUUUCAAAUUUUAAGAAUGUUAGAAAUUUCUACAGUGGGAGUGUAUUAUCCUGGUACAUUUUUAAUGUGAUAGCUGGAAGUUAUGCGACUUGAAAAAAAAAAGUGGCACAUGUAAUGUCACUUUGAAUUAUGGCAAAUGCCUUCUGAUGACACUGUAUAAAGAAAUAUACCUACUACUGUUCUUUUUAUUUAUAGUUAUUCAUUACAGUUCUUUGAUGAACAUGUGGAGAAAACUUUAUGCAGCCCUCGUAUUAGUCUUUUUAUGUGAUUUGCAACUAGAGCAGAUCAGCAUACCCCUGUCUAGCAGCAGGCAAAGAGGGUGCAUGCAUGAAUAAGAAUGGUGGGAGACUAUGUUCAGCACAUUUGUCUAAAUACUCUGUAACAAACAUUUUAUACAACCUGCUUGAAAGCACGAACUUCCCAAUACCUACAUUGGCAAUGUUUUUCACUGCUUAAGGGAAUUUAAGGACCUGUGUACCAGUACCUCCAAAUUAUUUUAUUACUGCAUUCUUGCAUUCUUCUGUUUAUAUCUGUAAAUCAUGUGGCAUGCUGUCCAAUACUUUCGUAAGAAAGAGUUACUCCUUGGCGCUUCAUCACUUGGUGUGCUUUGCAAAAGCAUACUUUGGAAAGUAUAUAAAUUUAAUGGUGCUGUUGAUGAGAUGUCAGUAAAUCAAAACACUUGUAUAUACCUGCUUGUAAGUAUGUAUGCAUGUAUGUACAUGUCUGUAUAUGUAUGUUUGUUGUUGCUAAAGGUGUGUUACUGAAAGUAGAAAAGAAAAAGGUGAAUGAACACAGCUCUGCAAAAAUUUCCGAAAUUGCUUGGCAACCACCUUUCAAUUGUGCACCAAAGAAAUGCAGAAAUGUAAAACUCUAGAAUGUUAACUAUAUUAUAUGUAUAGUGAACUGCAAAAGGUGAUAUGGUAACAAAUGUUCUCUAACUUGAUUUUGCACUACUCAUGCAUCCACAGCCACCAGUCAUACAUGCUAUGGGAGCACAAAUAGCAGUCUUUCUGUGAAUAUAACAUGUUUGGAGACAGGUUACUCUACUUUCGACUUGCUCUUUAGAGGAUCACUUGGUCUUUCAAAAGUGCAAUUAUGUGGAGUAUGUUCAUUCACCUUGUAUGUAUGAACUAUGUAUAAAUAUGCUUUGUGAAAGGUAUAUAUGCGGCAAUAUUUUAGUACGCAAAACACCAAAUCUUGUCGAAUGUUGUCCGAUGGUGUGAAUUCAUUUCGCGAUGUGUGAUCUCGGUGGCUAUUGAUGCAUUUUUUUUGUAGCUAGGCUCAGUUUCACGAUUAUGUCAGCCAAUGCAUGCCAUCUUGCAAGGCGCUCUGAAUUGAAUUUUGUUCUUCUGCAAUUCGCUCUACGCAGGUGAAAAUGGCUAUUGGUGUUUAUGUCAGGUAGCAUGCAUGCAAUGAAAACUAUUUUUGUAAUUAUGAGUAUGACUUGCUGGUUAGUCCAGUGUACUGACAAGGACUAUCUUUUUAUGAUUGACGGUUUAUAAAAUUGACUUGUGUUGAGGAAAAAUUUGCAGAUUACUAGACUAUAAAAAUAUGUGUUACCUUUGUUGAA